AUGAGUUAUUUGGGUAUAGGUGUUAGUCCUGGAAUAGUUCCAGUGUACCAUAGCACAAACCUGAAAUUGUUGGAUAAGAGGAUCAAGAUAGCUGAGUUGGUGUUAAGGUUUAUGAUUCUUGGUCUUGGACUUGUUGCAGCUGUUCUUAUUGGAACUGAUUCACAAGUGAAGGUGUUUUUCUCCUUUAAAAAGGAAGCUAAAUUCAUUGAUGUUAAAGCUUUGGUAUCCUUGGUAGUAGCUAAUGGUUUGGCUGCUGGAUACUCUUUGAUUCAAGGACUUCGUUGUGUUGUGAGUUUGGUUAGGGAGAGUGUUCUCUUCAACAAGCCCUUAGCUUGGGCCAUUUUCUCUGCUGAUCAAGUUCAUGAAGAAAUAAUGGGAUGGUUUAGCACCAAGCAUGUUGAGCUAUUAAACUGGUUUGUUUUAAUGAAAAAAAUUGUAAAGCUAGGGACAAAUUAUGUAAUUGUGAGAUUUUGCCAGCCUCUAUGGAUGUCCAAUGUGUCGUAA